AUGGCUUCCAACAACAACAACAACAUUAAAAUCCAUGAAACCUUAAAAGUUGUUCCUCCAUCAUUAUCAACCCAAACAACAACAACAACAACGAUUCCUCUCACGUUUCUAGACAUAUGUUGGCUAAGGUUUCACCCAGUAGAAAGACUUUUCUUCUACACCCUCCCUUCUUCCCAAUCAUCCCCCUCUUUCUUCUUUCAAAUAAUUGUUCCAAAUCUCAAAUCUUCACUCUCUUUAACCCUCCAACAUUUUCUCCCUCUAGCUGGUAAAAUCAUUUGGCCUUUAGAUUCUUCUAAACCGUUCAUCCAUUUCAAUCCCAAUGAUGAUGAUCAUGGAGUUUCCUUACUCAUUGCAGAAUCUGAUUUGGAUUUCAAUCAUCUCAUUCAAAAUUCACCAAAAGAAGUUUCUUUGUCUCGCUCUUUUAUACCGGUUUUGGAAUCAACCGAUCUCUUUGCUUCAAUAGUUUCCAUUCAAAUAACCCUUUUUCCAAAACAAGGUUUUUCCAUUGGAAUAAGCACACACCAUGCUGUUCUAGAUGGAAAAUCUUCAACCAUGUUCAUUAAAGCUUGGGCUUAUCUAUGCAAAAAUAUCAUCGAAACCGAAGAAUCCCCGAUUUUAUUACCAGAGUUAGAACCUUUACUCGAUAGAGAAAUCAUUAAAGAUCGAGAUGGACUUAGUGAUACACUCACUAACAACUGGGUUAACGUUAUCUCUAAGAUGUUCCCAAAUGAAAAAGGAAACGAAAAAAGCUUGAAGAUUUUCCCUUUUGAACCAAAACUUGAAGACUAUGUUCGAGCUACGUUUGAGCUCAAGCGCGAAGAUUUGAAUAAGAUAAAGGAAUCCGUGUUAUCCAAAUGGGAGUUAUUCAAUACAAAAGAAUCAAAGCCGGAGAGCUUAUCAUCUUUUGUUCUAACUUGUGCUUAUUCACUCGUUUGUGUUGCAAAAGCGAUUCAAGAAAUUCAAAAUGAAAAAGAGAAGUUUGCUUUUUUGUUCACAAUAGAUUGUAGAGCAAGGUUAGAACCACCAAUACCAAAUAACUAUUUUGGUAACUGUGUUUUGGGACUUUUGGUUAAUACACAACCAUCGGAUUUCAUAGAUGAAGAUGGAGUGUUUUUGGUUGCAAACUGUAUUCAUGAGAAAAUAAAGAUGAUAAAUGAAAAUGAUGUUCUUGAAGGAGCUAAGGAUGAGCCUAAUAAAUUUAAAAGUAUGAUGAAUGAAGGAUAUGAAAUAAUUGGAGUGGCUGGGUCUAAUAGAUUUGAAGUUUAUGAAAGUGAUUUUGGUUGGGGAAGGCCGAAAAAAGUGGAGAUAGUGUCGAUUGAUAGAGGUUUGACAAUUGGUUUGGCAGAGAGCAAAGAUCGAAGAGGUGGAAUUGAAGUUGGAAUUGUUCUUGAUAAACAUGUAAUGGAUGUUUUUAGCACUUUGUUUCUUAAAGGAAUAAAUUUGUAA